ACAAAAACAGCGGUUCAGCAUAGCUAUUCUGAAAUAGUCACAAGCGAAGUCGCCUGUGAAUUCGCAGCGGAAUUAGCGCUACAUGAACAAUCGGUAUUCAGAAACAACGUGAAAUCGACACUAGCGCCGCCCGGGCGGAAACGCAGGUGAAGUGAACUAGAUAAAGUGAGAACUUGACAGUUGUUAUGAGGAUUUGGUAUUCAGAAACAAAUUCCGCCGCUAUUUCAGCAGUCGCUUCGAAUCCACUUACGAAUUCAUCUGUCAGAUUUUAGGUUACUAAAUUUCUAGUGAAAUCUUGUAUUGGUUGGUGUUUGUGUUUGGAUUUUCAUCGUUUUAUAAACAUGUCACGCUCCUUUCUUCUUCUGUAUUUAUUAAGGGAAGCCAAUGAUUUGGAUUUAUUUGCAUCUCGACGCCAAGCUCGGCGUGUCAGAAAUCUGCCCCUGCUGAAUAGAGGAGAUGACUAUGUGCGCCAAUACCGCCUUAGCGAGGACAUGAUAGAGGAGUUGCAGGAAGAAUUAUCUAAUCUCGUCAGUACUAGGACUAGAGGAAGUUUGAGCAUUAGGUUAAAAUUACUGUGCACUCUUGCUUUCUUAGCCACUGGGAGCUACCAAAGGAUUAUAGGAAGGAAUAUAGGUACCUUUAUGUCCCAACCAUCAAUAUCAAGAUCUAUUGAUGAGAUAGUAAGAUUGCUAAGUCAGCCGAGUAUAGUACGGAAGUAUAUACGCUUUCCCCAAAAUUCAGCUGAAAGGACAAGACUCAAAGAAAAGUUUUAUGAAAAGUUUGGCAUACCAGGUGUCAUAGGUUGUAUCGAUGGGACAUUUGUUGCAAUAAUAAGACCGCGACAAAAUGAGGAUAGGUUUUACUGCCGUAAAGGCUUUCAUGCAAGAAAUGUUUUAUUGAUCACAGAUGCGGAUUUAAAUAUAUUGCAUGUGGAUUCUUCGUUUGGUGGAGCUUCACACGAUAGCCACAUAUUUAAUAACUCGCCAAUAAAAUCUCACCUCGAGCAACUAAUAAAUUCUGGAGAGACUGCAUACUUACUAGGUGAUUCAGGUUAUCUUCAACGGCCCUAUUUAAUGAUCCCGAUAGCCAAUGCAGAAGACAACAGUCCCGAAGAGCACUACAACAAAUUGCAUGCAACAGCUCGAAACAGUGUCGAACGUGCUAUUGGUGUUCUGAAAGGUCGUUUCAGAUGUCUUCUUGCACAUAGGGUCUUACAUUACGCUCCUGAUGUGGCUGGGAGAAUUAUUACAGCAUGUUGUGUUUUGCACAACAUGUGUAAUAGAGCUGGUAUGCCUGCACCAGUUCUCAGUGUAGAAGAGGCCAGAAGGGAGAUUUCAAUGCAAGAAAGGGAACAGGUGGCAGAUUCCCUUCUUCAAGACCUAAACAUGGGUAGGGCAGCACGUAAUGACUUAGUCAAUGUUUUAUGGCGAGGGCGGAGAUAGUUUAUUUUGUAGGUGCGAAAGGUUUAAAAAUAUAAAAAUAACUCCUUUAAAAUAUGUAUUUAUUUAAAUUAAGCUAAGUAUUUUUUU